AGUUGCUCUUGGUCGUAAUCAGCCCUUGAAAAAAGAGAAACCAAAAUGGAAGAGUGAUUACCCCAUGACAGAUGGACAGUUGCGCAGCAAGAGAGACGAGUUCUGGGACACAGCACCAGCUUUCGAAGGUCGCAAGGAGAUUUGGGAUGCCCUCAAGGCUGCUGCACAUGCUUUUGAGAGCAAUGAUCAUGAACUGGCACAAGCAAUCAUUGAUGGUGCAAACAUAACACUACCACAUGGUGCUCUUACAGAGUGUUACGAUGAACUGGGCAACCGGUACCAGCUUCCCGUCUACUGCCUCGCCCCACCUAUCAACAUGAUAGAGGAGAAGGGUGACCUGGAGACUCUGGAUAUUCCUGAUCCCCCACCCAAUUCAGGACACGAAUGCCAGCUCCGUUUGCGCCUGUCCACAGGCAAAGACCUCAAACUCAUGGUCCGCAGCAUGGACACAGUGUACCACAUGAAGAGGCGGCUGCAUGCAGUGGAGGGAGUGGAGCCCAGCAGCCAGCGCUGGUUCUUCUCAGGCAGGCCACUGGCAGACAAAAUGAAACUGGAGGAGCUGAAAAUCCCAAAGGACUACGUGGUGCAAGUCAUCGUGAGCCAGCCCUUAGCAAAUCCCACCCCGGUGGAAAACUGAUUUCUGUUUCUUGUGUAUUGAUUCUUCUAGCCUCCAUCUCUGUCAUGGGGUUUGUUUUCACUGCCCUCUCUUCUUUUGGUUUGUCCUGCUAAUGGCUUAGUUCCAAGAAAUGACCAGCAAAAAUUCCAUCUGUGAUGGAGAGCUGCAAAAACAAAACAUGAAAAUGUAAACUGGCCUUCGGGGUUUGCCUGAUCUCAUGUUUAACACGACAGCAAGCAGCACAGGCCAAGGGCAAAGGAAAGAGCGGGAAGAGGAAGGGAAAAGACAGGAGGUAGAAAGAGGGAGGGAGAAGAUUGUUGUUCACUUAAACAAUACAAAUAUGUAACGAUUCUUCAAACUGUAGGUGGUGUCCUGAUCCAUGGAACCAGAGCAA